AGUGCCACCAGUUGCUGGGUCGUUAAUGCGCAAGCAGUUCUAUCCAUUUAAAGAUUAAUUGAAAGAUUAAUUCACAAAAAACGAGACCACUCCCAUCACAGGAGUGGCUACCACUCCUCAGGUGGGCAGAACCCCGAUAAGUCUAAGUUGUUCUGUGGCUUAUCACAUGUGGUACUUCACACUGGUAUAAAGGUGUUUCACUUGCGGUGUACUUUAUAGUUGAUUAAACUACAGUUAACCUUCAACCAUGGGUAUUCUUACACAAGAUGACAAGCAAAACAUCAGAGACGUUUGGGCGAAGAUCUCUGAGAAGCCAGAAGACAACGGAAAAGCAAUUAUUAUACGGCUAUUCGUUGACCACCCAGAAACCAAGAAGUAUUUUGAUCACUUCAAGAACGUCAAGACCAGGGAGGAACUGGAGGUGAUGCCCCGUGUCAAAGUCCACGGAAAGAGGGUCAUGAAUGCACUCAACCAGAUCGUUGAGAACAUGGAUGACUGGGGGGCAGUUGUUGGAAUCCUUACUCCGAUGGUAGAGAGGCAUAAGGAUGUGCACAAAGUCGGAGUUCACAAUUUCAAGCUGUUGUUUGAAACGAUUAUUAACGUUUAUCAAGAUGCUUUGGGAGCCUCCUUCACACCCCCAAUCUGCGAGUCCUGGAACAAAGUCUUCAACCUGUUCUUUGACUUCAUGGAAGCUUUCUACACAAACACCAGCGAGUCGUAAGACUGCCCCCCUCUGAAGAGAACAGGGGAACUACCAUCAAUGACGUAUUCCACCUCUCAAAGCUCGCCACUCCGGUUAAUAACAUACUGCACAAAACCCGUACUCGUUUGAAUUCAGUAAUAUUUAGUAAUGUAUUUGUGUUUUAUUCAGUGUGAUGUUACCUUUGGAGCACAUAGAUGUCUAGCGAAAAUGCUCUUUUAAAAAGAAUGUAAUAUUUUAAACCGUGGUAACAAUAUUGUUUCAUGUUCUCAUAAAGUAGUAUACAUAAAUAUUUGUAGUCAUCAUCUGGAUUUUUUGGGAUGUCAUUCUUUGCAACUGUUAUUAAAGCAUGUUUUUUUAACAAUUAAAAUCUAUUAACCAAUAUC